AUGAAGGCAACACAGUGGAAGGAGGGAAAGAAAACUGAGAUUAGAAGGAAUUGUGGGUUGAAACAUUGGGAGGAAAAAGAGAAGAACGGAUUAUUGGAAAUAUUAAAAAAAUUCAGAAAUCAGUCUGGUAAAGAACUUCGAAUACUGCUUUUAGGCUUAGAUAAUGCCGGUAAGACAACGUUGCUGAAAACGUUGGCAUCUGAAGAUAUCGCAGAAAUUACGCCAACACAAGUAAGUGAUUUGAAAGCAGAACACGACGAUAUGGGUUUUAACAUAAAAAGUGUCGUAUCCGGUGACGUAAAACUAAAUGUAUGGGAUAUUGGUGGACAACGUAAGAUACGACCAUACUGGAAAAAUUACUUUGACAAUACCGACGUAUUGAUUUACGUAAUUGACAGCAGUGAUCGAAAACGUUUUGAAGAAACUGGAUUGGAACUUCUUGAAUUAUUGGACGAAGACAAAUUACGCGGAGUUCCAGUAUUGAUAUUUGCUAACAAACAAGAUCUCUUGACCGCAGCCAAGGCUAGCGAUAUUGCCGAUGGAUUACAGUUGACGUCGAUACGUGGACGUUCAUGGCAGAUUCAAGCUUGUUCAGCGGUUACUGGUGAAGGUAUUAAGGUAAUGAGUAACUCUUACAGGAGCAGAAUACAAGUGACAAAAAGUUGUUAGUU